UGAAGCGGGGCUCUGUGUGAGAUGGGCUAACAGUGGGAGGUGGUAGAGAGCAUUAGCAGCUCAAGUGUUUAUUUGUAGCUGCAGAGUUAGCAGGAAGUGCAGCCCGGGUGCCUCCACUCACCCUCAUCAAUGCUGCUUUCAUUCUCUAGCGGUGGUGCAACAUGGACGCUGUACAAAAGGACCACUGGUACUUUGUGGUACUCAUCUUUCUCCCUUUUCUUAAAGUUGCUGUUCAGCAGAACGAGGUUGUAACAGUGCGGCUGGAGGAAGGCAUGGUUCUUGACUGUCUGUGUCCGUGGGAAGGAAACCUCAGCCUGGUGUCCUGGACCAGAAUCCCAGACAAGAAUCCAGUGGCUAUUUUCCAUCCAGAUUUAGGACUGGCCUUCUCUCACCAAUAUUUGGGGAGGGUGGAGUUCCUUAAGACUACGCCUAUGGACGGAAGCAUCUCCAUAAGAAACGUCACUCACCAAGAUAUUGGAACGUACAGCUGCUCUGUGCAGACCUUUCCCAGAGGACCCUGGACCAGGAACAUUCAAGUGGAAGAUUUAGAUGAGCCCCCCAAAGAAAGUCAAGAGGAACAUGAAGUCGGCGUCGACUCCCCAACCCCGGAGGUGAUCGUGGCAGACGUGGAGCUGGUGGCUGUGCAGAACAACAACAUUACCAUCACCUGUAACCACACACACAACGGUACUGUCUACCAGAGCAUGUUGGAGAGGAUGCCCUACCACCAACUCUGGAGCAUCAUCGGUGUGUGUAAGCAGGUAGAGGGGGACCUGGUGAGUGAAGACUACAGCGACAGGGGACAGGUCAUAUGUGAGGACAGCCUGGACGUCCAGCUACACCUGACAGGUGUGGUGCAGGACGACGGGGGUCUCUACCGCUGCACCUUCAACACAGAUCUAGGGAUGCAGACCAGCACGGUGCUGCUCACUGUUGUUACUCAAGGUUGGUUCAGUCUCUCCAUUUACAUGAUGUGUAUUUACACUCUGGCUGGAACUACUGGGAUCAUUCUCUUUGCAUUUUUUCUCACAUUUGCAAUAAGGCAAAACCGCCGCAGGAAGAAGAAGAACUGGCGAGAAGAGUACAGAGUCAAACUGCAGCCGGCUCAGCGACAGCGAAACACCUACGAGAACGUCUCCAUGUGUCCCAUGUUCAAAAAGAAGUCCAGGCCCAUAAAAGCCCAGCCCGUGUACGCCAACCUACACAGUGUGCGAAUGCAAAAAAACAGACGUCAGCAGCCUGGUGAUAAAUGAGCUCACGCUGACAAUGGUGUCUAAUCAUCCAAUAGCGAGGAGAAGCAGUCACUCAGCGCCACAGUGUCGCUCGAGACCGUCGCCGUUUGCUUUUUCCCCAAAGGCCUGUCUUUUUCUGGGAUGGCUACGUUCUAGUUAAGGCACGCUCUUAUAAUGAAAGCUAAACUCUAAUUAGCUAAUCCUUUGCUUCAGUGUAUUACACCCCCCUCCCCCUUCUGUUUUAUGAAAUGUAAUUAAACAAAUAUUUUAUGAGAGGCCGUCACAAUUCUUCCGGCUCAUAUUUAUUUAUUUUUUAUGGUUUUUAAUCACGCCUUCAUGCUAUUGUAAAGCAGUAUAUUCAGGUUUUUAUGGCUGUGGCUAUUAACCCGUGUGUUGUUUAUUUGUAAUCUGAUUCAUUUGUCUCCAUAGAAAUGGAGGCAGUGGCAGAGGCAGUAAUGGAUAUGCAGGCUAUGAAACGAGACAAAUGUGGACACGAUAGUAAUGUCACCACAGAGGGACAGUAGAGUUUUACAAAGUUUUUUUAAAAAAAUGUUCCCCAUCAUUUGUCUCGCUGUUGAACGUGACUGUGAUACUUGUCCAACUGUGUUGUAAAUGACGAGCAGAACUGGACAGUGGACAGUGUGUCUGUGUGAGUCACAGUCAAUGACAUCCUGUGGUAUAAACUGAACAUGUCACACCCAUUUCCCCACUUGAACUUCCUGUGAUGUGGUAAAAAUGCUAAAUGUAUGCCUAAACAGCUACAAAAAGCAGCUUCAAAUGAACACAAUGAAGGAGAAAUAAAAAACAAAUCCAAGCAUAAAGUGGAACUUCCUUUUGUCUGACGUGCAGGUAAACCCAUUUGAAAAGUUCUGAAAACGUACGUGUUGAGUCGUGCACUUACCCUGGAAUUAUUUUUUUUUUCUGUUUGGUAAACUUCACAACAAUUGAAAAUUUCAAACCCACAAAAGAGAUGACAGUUUAGACGAGUAACAUUUAACAGAGGUCAGUACAUCUCUGAGUGAGUACUACUAGGAGUACAUUUGGUUUUACGUAUUUGUUUUAUUCAUUAAGCUAUGUCUUAUUUUAUUAACUUCUGACUGAAUGUGUAAUAACAAAGUGCAUUCAUGAAUGGUUUCAAGCUCAGUUUAAUAUGUAACAAACUUUUGUUGGUCGUCCCCACAGAUCCAUCUUUUCUGUUUUGGGGUCACUGGAGAGACCCACAAAUUUGCAGUAAAUUUUCACAUCAACUAAUAACUUAUCCAAAGACCCAAAGCCAGUCAAACUUUGGAUAAAAAUAUUUUAUAUUUCAAUAUAUUCUUUUGUUUGUUGAGAAUAGCAGUUUUGUGGGAAUUAAAUAAAGUGUAGUUUUUAGGAUUUUAAAAUCAUGUGUUGAUCAACAAUAGUUCUGCUGAAAAAGUCUGAAAAAAACCACUAGCAUAAACUGACGUGUCUCCAAAAGACUCACAGCUGAAGGAAAUGUGUUCCCUGGUCAGAUCCUCUGAUCAUGGUCUGAUGCAGGUGUGUGUGGUUGGUGCUGAGAGGGUGAUUGAUUGAUUGAUUGAUGGAUUACAGGUGUGUGUGACUAAAGGUAAGCCGUGUGCAGCCUGUUGAUUGGUCCUGCCAGGAACAUUCCAGCAUAAAAGACCUGAUUCUGAACCAGUCUGUGGCAGAUGGUCAGCAGACAUGAGUGUUGUGUGUUUGUGUGGGGGGGCUGUUUGUUAGCAGUGGGGCUGUUGUUAGUGGUUUUGUUUCUGGCAGUGUUUAUGUUUUAGUCCUGGACAAAUGAGUACUUUGUAACUUAGUCCUGAUUUAAUCAGAAAAACUGUUUUAUUUGUAAACGGUUCAAGUCGAUGUUAUAUCGAUCACUGUUGUCGACUAAGUCUAAAUGUAGUUCAUUUGACUGAAAUGCAAUGGGGAAUAUGUUUUCAUGCACAUAAAAUGUUUGCACAUGACUAUGUUAGGACAUAUGUCGACGCGUUGACAAACUGUUUUAUAGAACAGGUGAACCCAAUAAAAACCAACACUCAGCGGCCCUGGAGUGUGUUAAAAUUAACGUGGGACAAAGACUUCAGGAACCAAUCAUAUGGCUUUGUGCAGCAUGCAUGAGGUCAAGACAACCUCAUUGGUUUGAAGAUAUUUAACAAAAAUAUAUUUAAAAAGUUGUUCAGUAUCUUGACUAAUAAAACUCACCCCUCUACUGUUCACAGUACAAACCAGUUAGUAAAUAAUAAGAAAAUAAAUGAUUUAAAAUAUAAUAGAUUAUUAGAUUAUUUCUACUGAUUAUUUCUAGGGUCCCUUAAUUUGUUCUCUGAAUCCUGAGGCUUGAUUAUUGCAAUGUUGGUGAUUAAAUUGUUCUUUCUUUAGUGAUUAAGGUAAAUAAUGCAGAGAAACUUAAUUAUCUGUGAGUCACGGUGGUGCUUUUAUUUAUUCAUGAAAAACAAAAAGCGACAGCUUAAAUUCUGUUUAAGAACAGAUUUUUGUGCUGUAAAUCCCAGUGCAGAUUAUUUCACAAUGCUGCUUAAAAGUCACAUUUAAAAACUAUUAUUAAUAUUUUAAAAUAUUUGGAACUAUGUCCUGUUCACUCAUGGGGUUAAAUCUGAAAAACACAGUAAAAUGUGUCACUUGUUUCUGUUCAUUUUCCUGUCAGUGACGUAUAGAAAACUCCUGUGACUUGAUAGAACAUUCAGUUUAUUAUUGUUUUUUUUUCCUCAUCAAAAACAUAACAGACAGUAUGUACAUCGAGUGAAAAUCAAACCUCUACAGUCGGUGUAUCCAAAGUGCUUUUAACGUACAAUCUGACAGUGACAGCAGAAACACAGUGGUGUAACAGUGACAGGAAUGAGACGACACAGCAGAGCCACAAAGGAGUGAAUGGCUACGACGGUCCAUUCAUCUGUCUGAAGGAUACACAUGUAUUCAUUCACCACAGCUGGAGCUCCUGCAGUAACACGGACACUUUGUCUCAGACUCAGAAUUCUUGUGAUUAUCUGCAAAACAAACGUGUAGAAAAAUAAAGUGACUGCAAAGCAA